AUGUCGACGCUCCUUCGCCGCACCCCCGGCCAGCUCGCACGUCUCUCGCGCACCACCAGCACAUUCACAACCCGGACGCCCUUUGCAUUACGGCGGCGGGUGCCUGUCCCGCAGUGUCUGUAUGCCCAGCAGCGCGCGCGGCGCUUUGCGACGGGACCCGAGGAGCCCAGGAACGAGAAGAAGGAUGAGCCGGCAGAGAAGACAGAAGGCCAGGUAGACGCGAGCAAGGAUGGCAAGCCCGAGGAGAAGGCUGCGGCGGCCGACAGCAACAUGUCGAAGCUGACGCCCGAGGAGGAGAAGAUGCUUGACCAGCUGGUCUCGUUUGUCUCCAUGGGCGUGCCCAAGGCGCAGCAGCAGGCCGUCAAGGACGCCAUGGCGGAAAUUAAGAAGACGGGCAUUCCGCCAGAGCUGCGCGAGGAGAUGGACAAGCUGGCCCGCGGCGAGAAGCUGGACCUCGCCACCGCCGCCAAGAUCUCGCGCAUGACGACCAACAUGGCCCGCCGCACCGCCGACCAGCAGCACUUCAAGACGGAUGAGCCGCAGCAAAAGGCCGGCGCCCACGACCCGGGGCCAGCAGGACAGAAGGAGGGCAAGAAGGAGGGCGCCGGUGGCGGCAUGCCGAACCCCAUGGGCGGCGCCGAUACCAACACGCUGAUUGUCUCGGCUGUCCUUGCGUGGAUCACAUACAAGAUGUUUGUCCCUAGCGAAGACACUAAGGAGAUCACAUGGCAGGAGUUCCGCACAACCUUCCUCGACAAGGGCCUUGUCGAGAAGAUUGUCAUCCUGAACGGCAACAAGGCAAAGGUCCACCUGCACCGCGAGGCCGUCGCUGGCAUGUACCCGGACUCGCCCUCGGUCAACUCCAACUUCUAUUACUACUUCACCAUUGGCUCCGUCGAGGCCUUCGAGCGCAAAAUGGACGAAGCACAGUACGAGCUCGGCAUCCCCAGCUCAGAGCGCAUCCCCGUCGCCUACUCGAAUGAGAUCUCCUGGUUCGGUACAUUCCUGUCCUUUGGCCCUACCAUCUUGCUCCUCGGUUCGCUGUUCUAUUUCACAAGACGCGCUGGUGGCGGUGGCGGUGGUAGCGGCGGUGUCUUUGGCAUGGGCAAGAGCCGCGCUAAGAAGUUCAACCACGAGACCGACGUCAAGGUCAAGUUCGCCGACGUGGCUGGCAUGGACGAGGCCAAGCAGGAGAUCAUGGAGUUUGUUUCCUUCCUCAAGGACCCUGGGCGAUUCCAGAAGCUCGGCGCAAAGAUUCCUCGCGGUGCUGUCCUGUCUGGUCCCCCCGGUACCGGUAAGACGCUGCUUGCCAAGGCUACGGCUGGCGAGUCUGGUGUGCCCUUCUUCAGUGUCAGCGGUUCCGAGUUCGUCGAGAUGUUUGUAGGUGUCGGUGCUUCGCGAGUACGCGACUUGUUCGCCAAUGCGCGCAAGAGCACACCCUGCAUCAUCUUCAUUGACGAGAUCGAUGCCAUUGGUCGAUCGCGUUCGAAGCAGAACUUCGGUGGUGGCAACGACGAGCGUGAAGCCACACUGAACCAGAUCUUGACAGAAAUGGACGGCUUUAACACAACCGAGCAGGUCGUCGUUCUUGCUGGUACUAAUCGACCUGAUGUUCUCGAUCAGGCGCUCAUGCGUCCUGGCCGUUUCGACAGACACAUCAACAUCGACCGCCCGACAAUGGAAGGCCGAGGUCAGAUCUUUGGUGUGCAUCUGAAGAAGAUCAUCACCAAGGAAGACAUCGAGUUCCUCAAGGGCAGGUUGGCAGCUCUCACACCCGGAUUCUCCGGUGCUGAUAUUGCCAACUGUGUCAACGAAGCAGCGCUGAUCGCCGCCCGUCAUUCCGCCGACACAGUAACAAUGGUCCAUUUUGAGCAAGCCAUCGAGCGUGUCAUCGGUGGUCUUGAAAAGAAGUCUUUGGUACUUAAGCCCGAGGAGAAGAAGACGGUUGCCUACCACGAAGCCGGUCACGCUAUCUGCGGUUGGUACUUCAAAUACGCCGACCCGCUUCUCAAGGUCUCCAUUAUCCCCCGUGGCCAAGGUGCUCUUGGAUAUGCCCAGUACCUCCCUGCUGGCGACACAUACCUGAUGAACGUGCACCAGCUGAUGGACCGCAUGGCUAUGACACUCGGCGGUCGUGUGUCUGAGGAGUUGCACUUCGACACUGUUACAUCCGGUGCCUCGGACGAUUUCCGCAAGGUCACGCAGAUGGCUACCGCAAUGGUGACCAAGUGGGGCAUGACAAAGAAGAUCGGAUACAUCUACUUUGACGACGACAACCAGCAAUCUCAGUUCCAGAAGCCCUUCUCUGAAGAAACAGCAAAGAACAUCGACUCGGAAGUAAAGCGUAUUGUGGACGAAGCGUACAAGCAAUGCCGCGAUCUGUUGGAAGAGAAGAAGGUUGAGGUUGGUCUUGUGGCUGAGGAGCUGCUGAAGAAGGAGAUGCUUGGCCGCGAAGACAUGAUCAGAUUGCUGGGUAAGAGGCCGUUCGAGGACCCGCAGGACUUCCACAAGUACUUCAGCGGCGAAUUUGGAAAGGCCCCAGGGCUUAUGGAACCCAAGGGCGAGACAGGGACAAAGGGGCCGCUGGUUCCCCCGGCGCCUGCUACAUUCAAAGCUAUUGAGGAGCCGAGGCAUCACAUCUAA